GAGGGAUCAGUUUUUUAGCUGUAAAAAUACCUGUACUUUCAGGAUUGUCCAGCAAAUUGCACACGCUUACAGGUCCGUGUUUUUGUGUACGUGUUACAAUUCAGAUGGAAGCUACCGGUGAGGGCACAGUAAUGGCAGUGGAUGGUAGCGGCCCGCAGACCCCCCACUGUGAUACAAGAUGGUCACGGCAACUGUCAGGCCUUCCUCGCAAGCUCCUGCAGCGCUUGAUGUCUUUCCAAAGGGAGGGCGUGGAUUUUGCCUUAUCCAAGAACGGACGAUGUAUGAUUGCUGAUGAGAUGGGUCUUGGCAAGACGGUGCAAGCCAUCGCGGUGGCAUAUGCUUUCAGGAAAGAGUGGCCCCUCCUGGUAGUGGUGCCCUCGUCCCUAAAAUACCCCUGGAUUGAGGAGCUGGAGCGCUGGAUUCCCGAGCUGCAGCCCGGAGACAUCAACCUGGUGGAGAACAAGAGCCACACCAUGGGUAUCAGCAGCAGUAAGGUGACGGUGCUCGGCUACGGCCUCCUCACAACGGAUGCACGCCUCUUGGUGGAGACUCUGAGCAGGCAGCGCUUUGCAGUGGUUGUGGUGGAUGAGUCGCACUACCUCAAAUCCCGGAACGCGGCGCGGACCAAGCUUCUGGUGCCUCUCAUUCAGAGUGCCAAGCGUGCCAUCCUGCUCACCGGUACACCUGCCCUGGGUCGCCCUGAAGAGCUUUUUAUGCAGAUUGAUGCACUUUACCCUAAAAUGUUUGGAACCUGGACGGACUACGCCAAGAAAUACUGCAAUGCCCAUUACAGGUACUUUGGGACGCGCAGGCAAUGGGACAGUCGUGGGGCGUCCAACCUGGAGGAGCUGCACCAGCGACUUAGCCAGAUCAUGAUCCGUCGCCUUAAGGCUGAGGUGCUAAGUCAGCUUCCCCCCAAAAUCCGCCAGCGCAUCCCCUUCGACCUUCCAAAAGAGGCUGCAAAGGAGGCCGUGGCCAGCUUCGCCGAGUGGGAGAGGCUAAUGAAGGGAGGCGGGUCUGAGGUCGGCACCAUUGACAACCCCUUCGCUGAGGUCAUGAGCCUGAUCACACAGAUGUACAAGCAAACAGCAAUUGCCAAGGCUGGAGCAGUGAAGGACUAUAUCAAAAUGAUGCUCGAGGCAGAGCACCUCAAGUUCCUGGUGUUCGCCCACCACCUCACCAUGCUGCAGGCCUGCACUGAGGCCGCCAUCGAGGCUAAGGCUGGUUAUAUUCGUAUUGAUGGAAGCGUUCCGUCCGCUGAAAGAAUCCAUUUAGUCCAUAAGUUCCAGAAUGACCCAGACACAAGAGUGGCCAUCUUAAGCAUCCAAGCAGCUGGACAGGGCUUGACCUUUACCGCCGCCAGCCAUGUGGUGUUUGCAGAGCUCUACUGGAACCCCGGGCAAAUCAAGCAGGCUGAGGAUCGCGCCCACCGCAUCGGGCAGACAUCGUCUGUCAACGUGCACUACCUGAUCGCCAAGGGUACCUUCGACAGCGUCAUGUGGUCCAUGCUCAACAGGAAGGAAACAGUGACGGGCAGCACUCUGAAUGGAAGGAAGGAGUACCUGAAGGCGGAGGAAGGUGACAAGGACAGGUGGGACUUCCUUAACUUUGCCAGCGCAUGGACGCCGAGCGAGAUGCUGCUUCCCUUGGAGGGAACCACUGGGCUGAAGGCAGAGGACCAGGUCUACUUCACUCAUUUUGAAAAGGAGAAACAGCAUGACAUUCGGGACUUCUUCUCCCCGGGUGCCGGCAAGGAGAAGAAGAGGAAGCGACUCCAAGAUAACGAGUCUCCUUCCAUUUCCUCCGAAAAUCCUGCAACUUGCAGUGGAAGGAACUCUGAGAGAAAGACGGAGGAGGAGGAAACGUCGGCCACCGACGACGACAACUUCUCUCCACAGUUGAAGAGGAACCGGGGCUUGCGGACCAGCCCCAGCCUGAGGUCUGCAUCCAGGGGCAAGAAACGGUUGACGCAGGUCUUGGACCAUCAGGAGGCGUCGGAGUCGGGCGCUUCCACCCGGACGUGGGCCUGCGGGGCAUGUACGUACUCCAACAGCCCCCUGCUGCCUUACUGCGAGAUGUGCAACGGGCCACGCUCUUCAUCAGGUGAGACGGAGCCAGCCGGGCCUCCGCCGCCACUUUCAGCCGAGGAGGAGCAGGCUUGCGACGUCCUGUCCAAAUCCGACAGAGAACCGCCACCGCUCAGCCCGCCGAAAUCCGCCGCUUCCGAAUGGUGCAAAGGCAAACAGAGCGAGGAGGAGGCGGAUGAGCCUCCAGAAGACAAACAGAGAGCGGGAGACGCAGAGGGGGGGCACAAGCGGCGGCUCGAAGGCAAACAAUCAGUGAGCGAGCAAGGUGGCAGCGGCGGUGGCAGCUGCGUCCUCUCUGACCACACUCACGAACCGAGAGCGUCUAAUACAAGGGACAAUGACAGCGAUACCACCACCAAUGCUGAUCCUGGAUACCCGGGUCUGCAGUUCUGCGCCAGCCAGUACACAGACCGAAUAUAUCUGUACGAUAAGGACGGCGCUCCGUUAAACUUCAGCUUCAUCCCCCUGGACAUCAAACUAACCAACUGGGACGACCUGCCCGAGGACUUCAGCCGGCACCGGGAAAAUCGAAUACAGGUUCUACGCUUCGUGCAGGAGUGGAGUGGCCUGGCGGCCAUGAAGCAGAAGCUGCUCAGACGCAGCCGGCUCCUCUUCCACAGCCCCUCCCUCGGCCUGCAGCAGCUGGCCGCCGCUCAGCGACCUCACAACAGCACCAAGAGGUACCUCAGCCGAGACGAGGUGGCCCGGGCCUCGCUGAGCAAGGCCCAGCAAGAAGGAGGCAGCGUGCGGCUGCUUGUCAAGGAGAACUUCUUCACCAAGAGGAGGUCGGCCUCGUCGCUAAAUUCCCCCAACUCAGACAGCUCCGAGAAGUCAGUUAGCGAGCAGCCGUCGCCAGGUUUCCUGCAGGCCCUGGACCGCCAGGGCGUCCCUCUGUGCCUGUCCUGUCAGAAGGUCUGUUCCACCACCGGCGCCGGGGCCUGUGACUCCCGCUUCUGCAGCCUCAGGUGCCAGGAAGAGUUCCAGUUGCGCUCCAGUCGCACGUACAUGCGCUGCCGGGUGCUGGAGGCGGAGCAGGGCGUCUGCCAGCUCUGCGGCCUCCACGCCCACGACCUGUUCGUGAGGGUCCGAGAUGCGCCGCCGUCCCAGCGCAAGGAGAUGCUGGAGAACACCUGGCUCGCCCAGCUGCCACUCAAACAGCUGAACGAGAUGAUACGCGCUCCGGUGGAAGGCGAUUUCUGGCAGGUGGACCACAUCCGUCCGGUGUACAGCGGAGGAGGGCAGUGCUCGCUGGACAACCUGCAGACACUGUGCACCGUCUGCCACAGAGCUAGGACGGCUAAGCAGGCCAAGGAGCGAAGUCAGAUGAGGAAGAGCUCCGCCGCCUCCAAGGUCGCCUCCGACAUCAGCAAAUUCUUCAUCAAGAAAUGAAUCUUGGCGUUGACUGAAAUCUCCGGUCCGGUCCCAGGCGGCACUCGGAUGAUGCAUGACUAUUUUUUUUUGUUGUUUUCAGAAAGAAAAAGGCCAAACUACUUUGUUCAACAGCAAACAGGGACAGCAACCGGUUUCUCCUCUCGUCCCCGAACCGUCACAAGUGCGCUGGGAUUUGAUUUAUGGCAGCCUCCUUUCUUUUUUUUCUGCUUGCGGCGUAAAUGGAGCAGGUUGCUUUGGAGACGCGCUGCUAUUUUCAGAUUUUGCAAACUUAGUGCAACGUUGCAGGUGAGCGGAGUAGCGGGUGAUUAAGAACGCACCUUUCAACAAGCAACGCUUGGAAAGAUAAACGAGGGUCUUGUGGAAUUAUAACUAUUUUUUCUAGCGCAGGGUGUACAAACUUUUUCCACUGAGGGGGCCAUUUUUGAUAUUUUUCAUUUUCAAAAUCUUAAUCUUUAGGGCUCCUCUGAAGUUUGGUCCCAAGGACCCAGAAGGGCCUCAGUCAUAAACAUUUUACAAGUAAGUUGCAUAUUACUUUUUAAAAUGUUUUUAUUCAACGCCUAAAUCUCACGAUUAACUUCAAGUUUGUUGGUGUAAAGUUUUAAUAUUUCGCUCUUUAUGGCAAAAACACCAAAUAUGCUU